CGUAUUCCGGAUUGGCGUGUUGACUGUCGUCUGCGGUUUUUUUGUGACUAGGAUGUUAUAACUUCUAAAGGUUACCGGUAAACGCAGGAGUACUCGGUGUUUUUUGUAUCAAACUGCAGGGUUAAUAUUAUCUAUGGCUAGUAAAAAAUGCAUGCCCUUGAUAACUAACUACAAAUCAGAUGAUUCCUCGUUGGAUGAUGAUGAUGCUGAUUGUGAUGAUAUCUUUAAUAGUCUCACAGAGAAUAGUCCAAAUAAUGCUCUUGAUGAAGAUGACCAGCCAUUGUCUAAUUUCCGUCCUCUUCACUCAUCACAAAAUGAUUUUCUAAAACGUUUGACUGUUAUGCAACCAUCUACAAAUGAUUCCUCUAUCGGUUCAUUUAAACAACAACUUACGUCUACUGAAGACUCGAUAUUACCAAAUAUAUCUGAUUCAGAAGAUUCUGAUUCUUUUUCAUCCAGCACUGAUGAGGAGUUCAAGAAACUGGUGGAUACUUCUUCUUCAUUACCCGUAACUGAACUCCUUCGGUCCAAACAAUUUACACUUAUGUAUAGCGAUAAAAACUAUCAAAAAGGCAAAUCAGAUAGAAUAAUGUAA